CGGCAUAUAAAGCCCGGGCGCUCCGGAGCUGUCAUCACUGCCGUGGCACCAUGAGCCACCUCGUGGACUGAGCGCCACCCCGGUCUGCGCCCAUGCCACCACGGCGCCCGGCUGCGUGACUGGCCCGCGGGAUGGUGUGAGCCCCGUGUGCGCAGGGGCUGCGUGCGCUCUCUCCCUCGGCCGCCUUGCUCGCUCUGCGUCUGGCAGGAGGCACGCCAGCCGCCUGGAUGAUCUGAUCCCUUUCCUGCCCUAAAUUACUCCUGCCCAGAUGCAGUGGAUAAUAUUCAUGUUCCUGUUAUUCAUCAACUCCAUGGAAAUGCUCACGCAGACCAGCUGGAGGAAGAGAGGUACGGCACGCCGGGGUUUGCUUUCUCGCCUAGGGCGAGCUUUGUGGGAGGGUUGCGGUGUUGCGGGGAGGGUGGCCCGUGGCCCUGAGAGAUCCUGGCCUGGGGACGGGUUGGCAGUGAGCACCGGCCUGUUUGAGAACUGCACGGGCUGCAUCCUGUGCUCGGAGGACAACGGCUGCAUGGCCUGCCAGCAGCGCCUCUUCCUGCUCAUCUGGAGGAAGGGCAUCCGCCAGUACGGCGCCUGCGUCCACACCUGCCCGCCCGGCUACUUCGGCGUGCGGGGCCAAGAGGUCAACAGAUGCACAAAGUGCACGUCACCCAGCUGCGAGAGCUGCUUCAGCAAGGACUUCUGCAUGAAGUGCAAGGAGAGGUUCUACCUGCACAAGGGCAAGUGCCUGAGCACAUGUCCACCGAGCACCACGGCCCAGCCCAGCACCCGGGAGUGCCAGGAGGCAUGCGAGCUGGGCCCCUGGAGCGAGUGGAGCACGUGCACCAACGAGGGCCGCACCUGCGGCUGCAAGUGGGGCCUGGAGACGCGGGCCCGCAGCAUGCUGGGGGGCCCCAAGGAGGAAGAGGAGGAGGCGGUGGUGGCGUGCCCGGGUUUGCUGGAGUCCCGCAAGUGCCGGAUGAGGAAGCACUGCCCUGGAGAGAAGAGCGAAGCCAGGAAGAGGGUGAAGAAGGCGAAGAAGCAGAAGAAGCAGAAGGAGAAGAAGGCAGACGUGCAGCUGGGCACCUAACGAGGGGGCACGCGUGUAGGAGGGGGCGCCCGGCUGGAGCCGCCCCCGCGGCCGGCUCUGCGCUAGCUCUCCCUGCUCCGUCCCUGCCAGAGACGCCCGCGCGCCCGUGCUGGACGGGGCAGGGCCUGCAAACUGUUUGCUCUGUAGAAAUUCACCUUGCAAUGCGGCUGCAGCAGUGACGUGGGGGCCCCGCUUCAGCUCCCCCAAGGUUGCUCCGCGCAGGGACCUC